UGGUAACAACGAAUGGGAUAAGUACAUGAUAACGGCAAUUAUGGCAAGUAUUACAGGAGUCUGCAGAAGUAACUGCACCGUAGCACAGGAAUCUAAAAAUCGCAGAAAGGAUGGUUGGUAUCAUGAUUUGAAGAAACUAUGAGGCCAUUCCUGCCCUCCCUUCGGGUGUUAGUGAUGUUGUUAUGGCAACGAGCACGCGCUGGGGGGGGGGACGCAAUCCACCUGUUGGCCGUUAGGGGAUCUCGGCGACCUAGCUCUCUGCUGACCAGACACUUAAGGGCGCGUCCCUUUAGCUCAAGGGUUAGGAGCCACCGAGCAGCAUGGCCAAAGCGGCAGCUUCCUCGCCGCUUGAGGACCUGGACCUGAGCAGAGAGGAGGUCCAGCGGCUCACCAACGCCUUCCAGGACCCGGAGUUCCGGCGAAUGUUUUCCGAGUACGCCGAGGAGCUCACGGACCCAGAAAACCGGCGGCGCUACGAGGCAGAGAUCACGGCGCUGGAGCGUGAGCGCGGGGUGGAGGUGCGUUUCGUGCACCCGGAGCCGGGCCAUGUGCUGCGCACCAGCCUGGACGGGGCGCGGCGCUGCUUCGUGAACGUGUGUAGCAACGCGCUGGUGGCAGCGCCCAGCAGCCGGCCGGGACCCGGGGGCGACCGGGACGCCGCACCCGGCAGUCACUGGUCCCUGCCCUACAGCCUGGCGCCGGGGCGCGAGUACGCGGGGCGCAACAGCUCCCGGUAUACGGUCUACGACGUGGUCUUCCAUCCGGACGCGCUGGCGCUGGCUCGGCGCCACGAGCCCUUCCGCCAGAUGCUGGACGCCACUGCCCUGGAGGCCGUGGAGCAGCAGUUCGGCGUGAGGCUGGACCGCCGGAAUGCCAAGACUCUGAAGGCCAGGUACAAGGGGACCCCGGAGGCCGCGGUGCUGCGCACGCCCCUGCCCGGGGGCGCCCCGGCCCGGCCUGAGGGGGAGCCUGAGAGCCCCCUCCCGGACUUCCCAUACCCCUAUCGGCCCCCGGCGGCCGCCGCCCGGCACCAGGCGCCCUGCUCUCGGGAAGCGACCCCGCCGCCCGCCCCCACGGAGCCGCGUUACAGCGUGGUGCAGCGCCACCACGUGGACCUCCAGGACUACCGCUGCUCCCGGGACUCGGCCCCGAGCCCCGUGCCAAGCGAGCUGGUGGUCACCAUCGAGCUGCCGCUGCUGCGCUCAGCCGGAGGCUGUCCGCGAGGCGGAGGAGCCGGAUUCUGGCGGACACGCGGUGGCGCCGCAGACCGUAGGCGAGGAGCCGUCCCCCGGAGCAGGGCGCUUACCUGCGGGAGGUGGCGGAGAUCCCAAUGUGGGGACACCCGUGGGCCGGGAGCGCGCCGGCAGGGAGCCUUCCGAACAAGCCAUGGGGGGACCCUGGCCGGAGAGCUGCGGGCCAUUGUGUCCUCCCUUGCAGUGUAAUCAGGAUGAAGAAUCCUUGACUCUGCUCAUUCCAGUGGCUCGGAUCCAGCCGCAAAGUCUUCGAGGGGAUUUGAGCCCCAACUGGUACAAAUUGUGCUUCUCCACACAAGACCUGGUUUAUUCCUUCUUUUUGCAAUUUGCUCCGAAGAAUAAAUUGAGUUCCAAAGAACCCGUGAUUAGCAUUUCUUCACACAAUGCAGUGAUAGAACUGGCAAAGUCUCCAGAGAGCCGUGGACGUUGGAGAGAGUGGUAUUACGGUUUAAAGGACGAUUCUUUAGAGGAAAGGUUGUUUGUCACGGAAGAAAAUGUUAAUGAGUUUCUUGACGAGGUCCUGAGCUCUCCAUGCAAACAGACAGUUUCCCUAAUGCCACCAUUAAUUGAAGUUCUUCCAGUUACUGAUAAUAAAAUUCAAAUUCAUGCAAAGUUGCAAGAAUGUAGUAACUCUGACCAGCUUCAAGGAAAGGAAGAAAGGGUCAAUGAAGGAAGUCAUCUAACUGAAAAAGAAAAUACAGAACAUCUUCCCACCUCUACAACCAAUUCCGAUUCAUCUGAAACAGCUAAAGGACUAGAAAGAGAUAAUGGUUUAGCUUCAUAUUUUCAACAAGAGUCUCUUGAUGUUUCUCAAGUGCUAUUUGAAAAGUCACAGCAAUCUGAAAAAAUGGAAACCGAAUUUAUAAAAGAAAGUACUACUUGCACAAAUGAGGAAAAAGAUCCUUUAAAAGAACCAGCAAUAAUUAAAGAGAAAAAAGAAUUACAUGGAGAUCACAUAUCUUCAUUACUGAACAAAACUACAGUUCACAAUAUACCUGAUUUUGACAGCAUAAAAGAAACCAAUCUGCAGGAUGGGAGUGUGCAGAUUAUUAAAGAUCAUGUGACUCAGUGUGCAUUCAGUUUUCAGAAUUCUUUGCUAUAUGAUUUAGAUUAAUUCUAUGUAAUUUUGAAAUGUGACCAUAAGAGUAAAAUUUAGAACCUAAAGGAGUUUCUGUUAACCAUAUUCUUGUGUGUGUAUUUAGCAAUGUAUAAAACUAAAGUAUGCAAUUUUGUGCAAUUUCCCUAAUUCUUAAUGGAGAAACUGGAAAUUUUUUUGUCUCUAGAAUUUAAGCCAACUUUCCUUAAUUAUGCAGAUAAGUUUUGUGAUUCCUCUGAUCGAUGUGUUUUUCUAAUGGAGAAUUAAAUAUUUAGAUUUAAAUACAAUCUGUA